GUCACUGUCAAAAUCAGAUGUUUUCGAUCGCGCGUGUGAUGGUGAUGUGAUUAUUUUCUAAUUUAAUAUUUUUCAAUAAUACCAGAGUUUAUCAAUACAACCUAACACAAUGAACCUAAAUAAGUUUCCCCGUUUUUGUUACCGACGACUUUUAAGCAACAGAAGUUCAAACUUCUUUAGAUUUAAUACAUACAGUCAAAGUUCUAAUUGCGCUAUUCUAGGCAUAGAAACAUCUUGUGAUGAUACGGGUUGUGCCAUUAUAAACCAAGAUGGUAAAGUUUUAAGUGAUGUUGUCCAUUCGCAGAAUCUUAUACACCUGAGGAAUGGUGGUAUAAUCCCAGACAUUGCCCAAGAUUUACACAGAGCAAACAUAGAACCAGCUAUAUCAGGAAUACUGCAAGAAGCUAACAUGACAAUGGCAGAUAUUUCUGCUAUUGCUGUCACACUAGAACCAGGACUACCAUUGAGUUUAGUUGUGGGAAUGAAGUAUGCAAAACACUUGGCACGGCGGCACAACAAACCUAUCAUACCCAUCCACCACAUGGAAGCACACGCAUUGAUUACCAGAAAAGACCAAGAAAUUCCAUUCCCGUUUCUAGUUCUCCUAAUAUCGGGAGGGCAUUGCUUGCUAGCAGUUGCACAAGAUGUUGAUAAGUUCCUAUUACUUGGAGAAAGUAUUGAUUGUGCUCCUGGCGAAAUAUUUGACAAAGUGGCAAGGAGAAUGAAACUGAAGAAUAUUCCAGAGUACUCUAAAAUGUGUGGAGGACAAGCCAUUGAGAUGGCUGCACUGAAAGCAACUAAUCCUCAGAUGUUUAAGUUUCCAUUACCCCUUGCAGACUAUAAAGAUUGUAAUUUUAGCUUCAAUGGUUUGAAAACAUCAGUUUUACUUCAGGUUCAUAGAAAAGAAAGAGAUCAUGAGAUUAAAGCUAACAAUGUUAUACCCGAAUUGAAUGACCUGUGUGCCGCAAUGUUGGCAGCAACAUCCAGGCAUCUAGUGCAUCGGUUGCAGAGAGCUAUAGAAUUCUGUCACGAUAACAAUCUUAUUCCAGAAACCAAUAAAAAGUUAGUUGUCUCUGGUGGAGUAGCUUGUAAUAACUAUAUAUUUAAUGCUUUAACCAUGCUGUGCAGUGAAGCCAAUUAUAAAAUAUAUAGACCAGAAGCUAAGCUUUGUACAGAUAAUGGGGUUAUGAUUGCAUGGAACGGCUUAGAAAAGUGGCAAAGGGGUAUAGACAUAGUGAAUGACUUUAAAACAUUAGAUAUAAAGGCUAACAGUAAAUUAGGAGUUAGCCUAAUAGAUAAGGUUAAGGAAUCAAAAAUACAAACUAAAUUGAUGAAAUUAAAUUUAUAAAUCAAAAUCAA